AUGUGCCAGGGAGGUGACUUCACCAGAGGAAAUGGAACCGGCGGCGAAUCAAUCUACGGAAACAAGUUCGCCGAUGAGAACUUCAUCAAGAAGCACACCGGUCCAGGUAUCCUCUCCAUGGCCCAACGCCGGUCCCAACACAACGGAUCGCAGUUUUUCAUCUGCACCGCUAAAACCGAGUGGCUCGACGGCAAGCACGUCGUGUUCGGAAGGGUCGUUGAAGGAAUGGAUGUUGUGAGGCGAUCGAGAAGGUUGGAUCUGGCAGCGGAAGCACCUCUAAGCCGGUGGUCGUCGCCGAUUGCGGUCAACUCUGAUGGAUCUGUAUCAGACUGGAUGCUGAGUUUCUAUAUCUUUUGA